GCCAUUGGAAGAAGUUUUUCGGCCCGCCCUGCGCCUAAAAUGAUGUUCCCUGGCCUCCUCGCGCCCCCCGCCGGGUACCCCAGCCUCUUGCGCCCCACACCCACCUUAACGCUGCCCCAGUCCUUGCAGUCGGCAUUUUCCGGUCACUCGAGCUUCCUGGUGGAGGAUCUGAUCCGCAUCAGCCGACCCCCCGCCUACUUGCCCCGAGGCAGCGUGCCCACCCCCAGCAUGUCGCCCCCUAGGCCGGGGGCCCCUGCGGCUCUCACAGACACCGGGGCCUCGGACCUGGGCUCCCCGAGCCCGGGCAGCCGGCGGGGCGGCUCACCGCAGACCGCCGUCUCCCCUGCCAGCGAGCCCACGUUUCUGAAGUUUGGAGUGAACGCCAUCCUUUCCUCGGCGCCCAGAACCGAAACAUCUCCCACCUUGCUCCAGAGUGUCCCUCCCAAGACCUUUGCCUUUCCCUACUUUGAAGGCUCUUUCCAGCCUUUCAUCAGAUCUUCUUAUUUCCCAGCGUCCUCCAGCGUCGUGCCCAUCCCGGGGACCUUCUCCUGGCCACUGGCCGCCCGCGGCAAGCCUCGCAGGGGCAUGCUGCGUCGAGCCGUGUUCUCCGACGUGCAGCGCAAGGCUCUGGAGAAGAUGUUCCAGAAGCAGAAGUACAUCAGCAAGCCGGACCGCAAGAAGCUGGCGGCCAAGUUGGGCUUGAAAGACUCACAGGUGAAAAUCUGGUUUCAGAACCGACGCAUGAAGUGGCGGAAUUCCAAGGAACGCGAGCUCCUGUCUAGCGGGGGCUGCCGCGAGCAGACCCUUCCCACCAAACUCAACCCGCACCCGGACCUCAGCGACGUGGGCCAGAAGGGUCCUGGGGACUAUGACGACGAGGAGGACGAGGGCCCGGGCAGCCCCCGCCCCCGCCUGGUCUAUCACGCGGCCCCCGCCGACCCUCGGCACCUGCGGGACCCGCGGCUGGAAGCGCCGCUGCCCCCCUCGCCCGCGCGCUCGGGCAGCCCCGACAAAGCUUCGGACUUCUCCGACUCCGAGGACGACGAGGAGGGCGAGGAGGAGAUCACGGUGUCUUAGAAGCCCCCGCGCCCCCCGGGGUACUGAUUACUAGUGCUUUGAAACUGAAGAGGUGGGAUUCGGUGCGUGUUCACUCGGCCCGCUGCCGCUCCCUGCUGCAGACGUCACCUUGUCCGAGGGCACCCUGGCCCCUUCCGUUGCCCCAAACGACAGUUCUUUCCCCUACACCCCUACAGCCCUCUCCGCACAAGUUAAAUUUAGGUCUUGGUCCCAGCCUUAACUCUUCCACGAGGAAGAGUCUUUGGGUCUAUCGUGUUUUAUUGCAAACUAUUUUAAACACAAGUAGGGGUGUUCACUCCUACAGCCUGGGUUAAGCUGUGUGCCAGGUGCUACUGGCUUCAGCAGCAACAACCUUGUAAGAAAGCCUGCACGAAGCAGGAAACCGAGACACGCUAUCUCACAAUAUCAAGUCUAUAACUUCAAGACCCCUGACUUCCCAGACCCCUCUACAGACCCCUCUACAUCCCCAUCUUAGGGAGCAACCGCAUCCUAGCCAACUCCAAACUCUGGUGACGCAGUCUUCUAUAGCAAUGCCCUUAGAAAGCUCAAGAAAAAAAAAAAAAAAAAAACCCACAAACCUGUGCCUUCUGGUCUAAGGUACUGCAUAAACACUGGCUCUUUUCUAUGUGCCCUAUUCCCAGUGUUCUCUGGGCAAAGAAGUGAGACAUCUACACGGGAGGAAGAGUCAAGCUGUAUUUCUGUCUGUGUGUCUUAAAAGUAUUUUCUUUACUAUUUCAGAAUCUAUGGUAUAUGCACCAAGCAUUCUCCCUUAUGCCCUUUUAUUAUGACUGGGGAUGUUUCACUGAGCAUUGGGCAUGAGGUGAACAGAUAGAGACCCACAAGCCUCUUUGAUUUUUUUUUUCAUGGAACUUUGCUGUCUUUGCACAGCUUUUUAUGAACUGUACACUCUUGUACACGUGUAUGGAUAUUUUAUACCAAGGUUAUUAUGAAUGAUAUA